ACUGGGAAAAUGAAGCUCCGCCCCUCACAAGACUCACCGGAGAUAAAACAGGGAAGCAGGCGCACACACACAACCACUACUUCUACUGAGAGAGAACAGCUACAGGAAGGAGUUCUGGGACUUCAACCAGCUGCUGAAACCACAAAGUGAACGUGAGUUUUAUAAGAACAAAGACUCAAAGUGAAAGUAACUUUCGGGAGAAGUUGAAGUGGCUGAGCUGUCAGCCUGCUGUGUUGGAGCCUGCUGUGUUUCCGUCUUCACUCAGAGACUAAAUGGCUUCCAGAUCAGAGCAGGAGCUCUGCUGUCCGGUCUGUCAAGACAUCUUUAGAGAUCCUGUUGUUCUGGUGUGUAGCCACAGCUUCUGUAAAGAAUGUCUGCAGGGCUGGCGGAGAGAGAAACAGACACAGGAGUGUCCAGUUUGUAGGAAAAGAUCCUUGUCUAAACCACAUUUUAGCCUGGUGUUGAAGAACCUGUGUGAGGCCUUCAUACAGGAGAGAGAUCAGAGAUCUUCAGAGGCUCUCUGCAGUCUGCACUCUGAGAAACUCAAACUCUUCUGUCUGGACCAUCAGCAGCCGGUGUGUCUCGUCUGCAGAGAUUCAGAAACCCACACCAACCACAGAUUCAGACCCAUCGAUGAAGCUGCACGACAACACAAGAAGGACCUUCAGGAAACUCUGGAGCCCUUAAAGGAGAAGUUAAAGGUUUUUGAACGAGUAAAAGAGGUGUGUGAUAAAACAGCAAAAGUCAUAAAUGUCCAGUCGCGACGCACAGAGAUGGAGAUUAAGGAUCAGUUUACGACGCUUCACCAGUUUCUAAAACAUGAAGAGGAGGUCAGGAUUGCUGCACUGAGAGAGGAAGAGGAGCAGAAAAGUCAGAGGAUGAAGGAGAAGAUGGAGGCUCUGAGCAGAGAGAUAGCAGCUCUUUCAGACACAGUCAGAGUCACAGAGGAGCAGCUGAGAGCCAAAGAUGUCUCAUUCCUGAUCAGCUACAAGGCUGCAGUGGAAAGAGUCCAGCAGCGCCCCCUGCUGGAUGAUCCACAGCUGCUCUCAGGAGCUCUGAUAGACGAGGCCAAACACCUGGGCAACCUGAGCUUCAACAUCUGGAACAAGAUGAAGGACGAGGUCUCCUACACUCCUGUGAUCCUGGACCCAAACACUGCUAUGUCAGACUUCAUCCUGUCUGAUGAACUGACCAGUGUGAGAAAACUAAAGAGAUGGGGAGGGAAACUGCAACUUCCUGGUAAUCCUGAGAGGUUGGAUUGUGACUACAAAGGUGUCCUGGGCUCUGAGGGCUUUGACUCAGGGACUCACAGCUGGGAUGUCAAGGUCGGAAACAGUACAUUCUGGGAACUGGGUGUGUUAGCAGAGUCUGUCCAGAGGAAGGGAGACAUUCAGUCUGGAAUAUGGAGCAUAGUGUUCAAAGAAGGUGAAUACUCAGCACGGUCACUACCAGAUCCAGAAACCGAUCUCGAGCCGGACACGCCGCCCCGGAGGAUCCGAGUGACUCUGGACUGGGACGGAGGAAAGCUGUCGUUCUAUGAUCUUUGUACUAACACACACAUACACACCUUCACACACACUUUCACUGAGAAGCUGUUUCCAUUGAUUGACACUGAGGAGCACAUAUUUGUUUUACCACUGAAGGUCUGUGUGACUGUAGAACAGAUUAAUGAUUAUGAUGGUCAUGGUGGUUAUGAGGAUUAUGAUGGUAAUGAGGAUGGUGGUGAUGAUGAUGAUUAUCAUUUAAUUAUGGGUUAAAAAAAGAGAAAGGUAGAGAGAAGGGGAAUGACAUGCAACAAAGGGCCGCAGGUCGUAGUCAAACCUGAAACCGCUGCGUCGAGGAGUAAACCUCUAUACAUGGGCAUCCGCUCCACCAGAAGAGCUAACCAGGGGCCCAGACAUCAGAAAUACAGAAUAACAAUUGGCCCGAUUUUUAUAUAACUUGGUGGAAGAGUGUAGCAUGGACUGAGAAAAACCCAUUACAUUUUGAUCUGAAUCACGGGGCGGAUACACAAAUUAUUUCUGCAUUAACAUUGCGAGCUACAGUGUUUUUGUUGCAUUCAGGUGGUGUAGGAAUUAUUGGAAAAACUAGUUCCUGACUGGGACUAAACUUAUAAAGAAAUACUUAGUGUCGAUUGUUGCUAAGUUAUUCAUCUUGGCAACAAGAUAUGUGGAGUUCCCCAAGGCUCAAGCCUCGGCCCGCUUAUUUUACAUUUACAUGCUUCCAUUAGGCCAAAUUAUACAAACCAACAUCAACUAUGCAGACGACAAAUUUGGCUCUUUAAGGAUAAGGUUGUUUUUGUUAAUGUCAAAGUUUAUUCUUUUGAACCGACCUAUCAGUACAUUCAUUGAGUUUAGAAGAUAUGCUUGCUCUUGGGGGAAUUAUUGGAAUUGUUGGGUCUAUGUAAAUUAUAGAGUGUGGUCUAGACUUAUUCUAUCUGUAAAGUGAGAGAUAACUCCUGUUAUGAUUUCAUACUAUUACAAUACAAUUGAAUUGAAAAUAAAGAUAUAUUCAGUUGUACAGUUAUAUUCUCUUGGUUUUUAUUUUCUUAAUCUCUUGGCAGUUUAAUGACCUGUUGUGUGUUGUGUUGUACUUUGUCUCAAUAUUUUAAUGUUUAAUGUAACAUAAAACAUAGCAUUUUAAAUGGCCUUGUUGUUGAAAUGUGCCUGGCCAUGUUCCAAAUUUUGUGUUUAUUUAGUAACAUGUUUCAGAUAUCUAUUACCAAUGUAACAUAAUCAGAAUUAAUAACUCCUGUUUCUGAAUUAUAAUACCUGUCAAUGAAGCUGUGAUUGGUUUACCAUUAGAUCAUUGACUAUACCUUUAACACCCUGCAGUGUUAUCUUAAAAGUUUCUACAUACCAGUAAAACUACUCUGUAUCUCACUCUGUUAACAUGUCAACAAACCACAUGGCUCCACAACACAGACAGCGCUGUAACGUGAACAUGAUGUGUUGUAAGAAUUGUUUUGGUGUUUGGUGGAGGGUUAAAGUGAUCCUGAUUUGUUUAUUGAUUUAAAAUGUUAAAUUGAUGUUAUCAUGAUAUGUUUGUAAUUCCUCUUGUGUUUCUGUGCUGCUGAGAAUGAGAUUACAUUUUUAAA